CCCGGCGGGCGGGCGCAGGAGGAAGGGGGGGGCGGGCGGCGGCGAAGGCUGCGCCGCUCUAACAGGUGGGAUCCCGCGGCGUGGUGGAGGCGGGCGCGGGAGGAGGAGGAGGAGGAGGAAGAGCCGCGGCAGCGGGAGCCUGAGCAAGAGCAGGAUGAGCCGCGCAAGCUGACAGCCACUGCUGCCGCCCGCGCCCAAGCUCGGUCUCGCUCCCCGCGCUCGGGGCCGCUCCCCGCCUCCCGCCUCCCCCGGCCGCCCGCGGGGCGGCCCGCCCCCUCUGCACCUCCGGGCCCGGAGCUGCCUCCAUCGCUCCUGCAUCCCGGCCGGGGGGAGGAGGAGGCGGAGCAGGAGGCGAGCCGGAGCCGCCGCCGCCAACGCCGCCGCCGCCGCCGCCCGAGCAGGACAGAGCGCGCCGCAGCCCCGCGCGUCCGGCCGCCGCCCGCGCCCAUCCAGCAGCCUCGCCGGAGCCACACCGCGGGACAGCCGCGGCCGCGGCGCGUCCCGGCCCGGUCCAGCCCAGCCCAGCCCAGUCCCGGCACCGGGCGGCCCGGCGGCCGGCCCGCCCCCGAGGGCGCCGGGCGCGGCGGGAGGAUGCCGAAGCCGACGCUGCUGCUGCGCGGGGGCUGGGAGCGCGAGCGCAGCCCCGGGGACUCGGAGCUGGGCCGCCAGUUCCGGGACUGGUGCUUGCGCACCUACGGCGACUCGGCCAAAACCAAGACGGUGACACGCAGCAAAUACCAGCGGAUCGCCGAGGUCCUGCAGGGCGGCGGCGGGACUGGCGCGGGCAGCGGCCCCGCAGCCGGCGAGAAAGGCAAGUUCCAGUUCUGGGUGCGCUCCAAGGGCUUCCGCCUGGGCAGCGGCCGGGAACCCAAGAUGGGCCAAGUGGUGUAUGUGCCGGUCAAGACGGGCUCGGGGGCAGAUGGCCUGUCGGAGCCAGAGGGCAUCUCUCUGAAGCGGGUCGCUGUGGUGGAAGAUUUCUUUGACAUCAUCUACUCGAUGCAUGUGGAGAGCUCAGCGGAGCCAGGCAAAGCCCCCAAGCACGCUGGGCAGAAGAAAACCUACCGAGCGAUCGCAGAGACCUAUGCCUUCCUCCCGAGAGAGGCCGUGACCCGGUUCCUGAUGAGCUGUACGGAGUGUCAGAAGAGGAUGCACUUUAACUCCAAUGGCCUGGAACCCAAAGAAAACGAGCCUCCAUCUCCACUGGUCUCUGGGAUUAUUGAUUACAACAUGCCCCUCACCUCUACCUACCUGAAGCAGAUGAAGCUUCGAGUGAUGAAUUCCCAGGAGCAGGAUGAGACUUCUGUGAGCAGCGAGGAUUUUGAUAUGAGCGACUCCACAUGGAUGUCAGCUGACCCGCACCUGGCCUCCAGCCUGAGCCCCAGCCAGGACGAGAGGAUGCGGAGCCCACAGAACCUCCACAGUCAAGAGGACGAUGACUCCUCCUCUGAGAGUGGCAGCGGCAAUGGCUCCUCCACCCUGAACCCAUCCACGUCGAGCAGCACGCAGGGCGACCCUGCCUUCCCCGAGAUGAAUGGCAACGGCGCCGUGGCCCCCAUGGACUUCACCACAGCCGCUGAGGAUCAGCCCAUCAACCUGUGUGACAAGCUCCCGCCGGCCACGGCACUUGGCACACCCUCCUACCCCUCCGAUGGCUGCGGUGCCGACGGGCUGCGGAGCCGCGUCAAAUACGGGGUGAAGACCACCCCUGAGUCCCCCCCCUACAGCUCUGGGAGCUACGAUUCCAUCAAGACUGAGGUCAGCGGCUGCCCUGAGGACCUGACAGUGGGCCGGGCCCCGACGGCAGAUGAUGACGACGAUGACCACGAUGACCAUGAGGACAAUGACAAGAUGAACGACUCUGAAGGCAUGGACCCUGAGCGUCUUAAGGCCUUCAACAUGUUUGUGCGUCUCUUUGUGGACGAGAACCUGGACCGCAUGGUGCCCAUCUCCAAGCAGCCCAAGGAGAAGAUCCAGGCCAUCAUCGAGUCCUGCAGCCGGCAGUUCCCCGAGUUCCAGGAGCGGGCCCGCAAGCGCAUCCGCACGUACCUCAAGUCCUGCCGUCGCAUGAAGAAGAACGGCAUGGAGAUGACCAGACCCACGCCACCCCAUCUGACCUCGGCCAUGGCAGAAAACAUCCUGGCAGCUGCCUGUGAGAGCGAGACGAGAAAGGCAGCCAAGCGGAUGCGUCUAGAGAUCUACCAGUCCUCACAGGAUGAGCCCAUAGCCCUGGACAAGCAGCACUCGCGGGACUCCACAGCCAUCACCCACUCCACCUACUCACUGCCAGCCUCCUCCUACUCCCAGGACCCUGUGUACGCCAAUGGCGGCCUCAACUACAGUUACCGCGGGUACGGGGCCUUGAGCAGCAACCUGCAGCCCCCUGCCUCCCUCCAAACAGGAAACCACAGUAAUGGCUACUCUGCGCAGAUGGGGCACAGACCAUUAGAGGAGACAGCCCCCGAAGAGACAGAGGCUUCCUCAUGGAGUCAGGGCCCACGGACCUCAGCAUGAAAGGCGGGGCCUCUACCACCUCCACCACCCCCACGCCCACCCCCUCCAGCACCAGCACCAGCAGGCCCGUGCCCACCGCUCAGCUCAGCCCCACGGAGAUCAGCGCCGUGCGGCAGCUCAUCGCGGGCUACCGGGAGUCUGCUGCCUUCCUGCUGCGCUCUGCAGAUGAACUGGAAAACCUCAUCCUACAGCAGAACUGACCCCACCGGCACCUGGAGCGCACUGCCCUAGGGAAGGAGGCUAUCCCAGCCUGGACCCGGCUUCCUGCCUCACCAGUUGGUACAUUUUGUUUUUGAAAGAGGUGGGAUCCAAAAGAGCUGUUUCUAGCCACACUCCAAGCACCUGAGACUUUGGGCACAAGGACACUUUUUUUUUUUGGAAUCUCACAACACGGGUGCUCUGACCUGCUUGGAAGAGGCCAACGGGGCAGCUCUGGAAGGGUUGGGGGCUCCCCUGACAAGGCGCUGGGGCUGCAGCUCUGUUUAGAAUCACCUUCGUGGACCCUGAUGUUAGAAUCCCACCCCCAGAUAAUUACCUUUCAAGUCUUAGGUGAGCAGAAUUGCAUAUUUAUUGAGAAAAACAAAGUGGACCCUUUCUUCCUCUCCCCUUAGUAAUUUAUUUUUCUGAAAUGGAUUCUUUUGUGUUUGUACAGAUUGCUAGUCUGUGUCUGUCUGAUCAGAAGGAUGUAUCCCCAUACCUAACAUUCCAUAUCACUACACUGAUGUGGGCUGGGGCCAGUAGGGGCAGGGCGGGUGCCAGGCUGGCUGUUCCUCUGCGUGCCUGGCGCACCCUGUGGCUGCUAUCCCUUGGCCAGGCCAUCCUGUUGCAGAUCCCAGUGCUGCCACAGGGACACCACCAGGCACCUCCCUAGGCACCAAGCAGGAGGACCUCACCCGCACCCAUGGCAAAGCAAAACAAAAGAGGCACCCUGACCCCAUUCUACAGAAGCCCCAGUCCAUGGUCACCUGUAUUCUACCUCACACUCCAGCGUGGGCUUUUUCCAGGAUGUGCCCUGAGCCUGUUCUGAACAGCUGUCACCCCAACUCCCCAACACAAUGUGUCUGCCUGGGAGGUAAGUCCAGACUGGGUGUCCAGGAGCUGGAACCCAGAGAGCGUCCUGUCCCUAACCAGCCACUGCAGUCCUCCAGCUCUGGUCCUCAGCUGCUUGACAGGACGGACUGCUGGGAGAUGGCAGCCGGUUGGCAGGGCCCUUGCCCUCACACCCCGCUGCCAGGAGCCAGGUCUGAACUUCUGUGCACAGGCCUGGGCCCGCAGACUCCUGCCACAGACUCCUGCCAAGAGGGGCCACUUCUUCAGGGUGAGCCUCGGCUGUCAGGCAGCUGUGAGUUCCAGGGCGGACUGCAGCUCCCAUCCCCUUGCGCCAUGUUUGGAGUAAAGGGAUCAGUGGAAGUGGAGGAGCCACUUGGGUUCUCCUAAGACCAGCCCUUCUGGAGGGGCCAGUCCUGGAAGAAACCCGUAAUCCCUGGAGUGUGAAAAAGGGCAAAAAGAAAAAGCUGGCCUGGUUUCCUUCCUCCCUGAUAGGCACUUCCUCUUGCUCAGUGCAAUACCUACCAGUGCUGCUAAACCAGGGAUUCGCCCAGACCUCAGCAGGCCCCCAAAGGGCCUCUCCAUGCAACACUCCGUAGCCAUGACAGCAGCUCUCUGCUGCCCGCCCCUGCCCAGAGCUGGCAGAAGCCCUCUGUUGCCUUUCCUCCCUCAGAGCAGAGAGGCCCCAGGGGAGCCAGGGCCGAGUGGAUCCUAGGAUGGCCACGGAGAGCCACUCGCUCCCAGAACAGGCACCCCUUCGCAAACCAGCUUUUCUGCAGCCAAUUGCCUGUUGCAGCUGUGGCCACUGCCUCCCAGCACUGUGGCAGACUCCCCACAAGGAGGGAUGGGGAGGGGGCACCAGUGAGGAUGCCCCAUCCUGCCUCAGGUCCAGAACUCUGAAAGGUAGGGUGCCCACCCCGUGCUUACUUCCGGCCCCUAGAGGUUAGGGGUGGUCGUUAUCUCUCAAGUGGCCUCCAACACCCCAUCCAGCCACACCACCUCUGCCUUCCAUCUGACCAAUCCCCAGGCCUCUGGUCAGGGCCAGGACACCUGAGACUCACCCUUAGCACAGCACAACCUCCAGUGCCCAAGGCCUCUCCCACACCCCAGCCAUCCACACAUCCAGCCCCACCUGCUCAGUACUACUCCCCUCAACAUUUGAAUUCGUGUAAAUAUUUAUUUUUGUGUGUGAACAAUACUACAAAGUAAUCAGUAAGAUCUUUUGCAAAAUGUUACCCCAGGCAAUUUGUGAAAAUCUUAAUGUUAAAACCUGGCAGAGACAAUCGCCACCCUAGAAUUCCUGGUAUCAGUUACUUAACAUGUCACUUCUCCCAGAGGCAGUACCCAAGCUAGACAUGAACCGUUUGCAUUUCUUGGCAGACAGGAGUGAGAAAGACUGGGGAAGGGGCUCCCUCCCCCUACCCACACAAGGAUUAGAUCUAAAGAUCAGCAUAAGUUACAGUUUGAAGUCACGUUUUUCUGAGUUCAAGCUGUUGGAACUGACCACCCUCCAGCCUGCCUUAGUACUGCGGCAAGAGCGUAGGUUCAAUGUGUUUUCAAGAGAAAGGAAAGAAUAUGUUGUUAAAGUCCACUGGGCCUCCCAGGCCCCUCCAGGGCAAUGGAUUUCAUCAUGUCGACCCCACCUCUUGGGUGGGCUCCUCCUUUCCAGUGAAACUACACCUGAAGCCCUGGAAACGGCAGAAUCAGGAGCAAGUUUCUGCAUGGGAACAGGAUUCCAUUUAGCUGGCUCAGUCAGGGAACUUGUUCUGUUUUGCUUUUGUUUUAAAAGAUGCAGCUUCAACCCCUUCCCCCUACUCCUGACUUGGAGGGCACCAAAGAGCUGGUUCUGAUGAACUAAGCUCGCUGCUGUCUCACCCUCACCAGAGGGACUGUCUUCUCCCAAAAGGAGCCCCCAAAGCCCUGUCCCACAGCCAUUUAAAAAUCUUCUGAAGGGCCUCAGGGCACAAAGUAAUCAUUUGGGAUCCUAAGUUAAAAAGGAAAUGCAGAAGUAGGAUACUCCAAUUCCAGAGUCUUUGCAGGGGGCUAAUCCCACAAGGGUAGCAUCACAGAAGUGGGCAUUGGUCUUAGUGGUGGAUCAUCAGGUAGGCAAGUCAUAGUGUGUGUAACCCAUCUGAAAUUCAUCUUACCGUCACCACUCUUACAAAGGACAGUUUAUUCCCAAGGACAGUGCUGACGGGGAGGGGGACAGGCAGGGAGUUAGGAGGGUUUUCAAGGAUUUCAAACAGGUGGAACCCAUCCAUCCCUAUUCCCAAGGGCCACUUACAACUCCAAGGGUGGUUACAGGAUUAACUACCAGUUCAUUUUCAAAAUGCUGCUUUGAACUCAGAGGGUUGAUACUUUUAAUUUGUAAUUUUUUGUAAAACUUUUUACAAAAUAGUAAAGUAUUUCACCAGAAUACCAGUUUCAAUCCGUCCAUGGUCUGAUUUUUAUAUAAUUUAGUGGUGCUUUAGAAACUUUGUUUUUGUUGUUUCUGAGCUAAACAGCUCAAUUCUUUUUCGCCUGUAUCUACCUAAGACCAAUGUGAACCUUUGUAUUUUUGCUCCUAAUUUUGGACUCAGUGAAAGUGUACUGUUUACAUGUACAGAUGCCCCCAGUCCCUGUGUGUUCUGCAAGACUUGCUCUUGAGGAGGAAGAUGCACCUCACUAAGCUCAUCUGCUUAGCAAAGCCACAAACAAAAACCUCUCACUUUUUACCUACGUUUCCACCUAAAAAUACAACAAAAAACCUACACCACGUAGAACUCAGAUUGGCUGAAAAACACUUUCCACCUGGUACAUGGCCCAUAUGCCUCGAUUAUGUGGUCUGUUUAGGAGCAGGAGUCAGAAGAGAGACCUCCUAUUGGCUGCUGGUGGGUAACUGCAUGGACAGAGGAAAAGGGAAGGCAGGACUUUGCUGCAGAGCUGUGGGAUGAAUGUAGUUCUUCCCUGGGCAGCCUGGGAGUGGGAAGGUCAGAAUGACUCAUGUGGCCUUCAGGAUCAAGCCAACCAGGAUUUAGGGACAACCCAAGAGGUCUUUAGCCCUCUGGCGUAAUUUAGACAUGUUUUGGAAGAGUACGAGCUCCAUAUCCGAGAUGAGAUUUAAGACUUUCAGUGCAGAUAGUACAAGCCAUUUCUUCAGGGUUCCUCUGGGGGCAGCUCCUUCAUGAGGUCCCACCUCCGGGGAGGGGCACAGGGCUCUAGAUAGUAAGCACUUAAGGCAAACAGUGGAUGGCACCAACUUUUAAAGGUGACUCUAUUAAUCAAUGGCUUCACCUCUAAAUUAUAUUUUUACAGAUAUGCACCUAUGCAACUUAACGUGGCUCUUCUAAGCAGGUGAGGACUUCCUCCUCAAUGCUCUCUAUAAAAAUUAUUUGUGUUCUAUAUAGUGAGUUUUACCAGUAAAUGUGGCUUAAUAUUUUAAUUCUUAGAAUGUGUCUUCUCUACGUGAUGCGACUAAAUUCUGUUUUGUUUGUGGAAUGACUAGCACAGGCCGACUCCCUCUCUCCCUCACUUAACAAAAGACCAAUGAGCUGUUAAUCGAGCUGUUAUCUCCAUGGUAUUACUUGCUAAAUGCACUGAUUUCUUAAGUAUGUGGAAUCCUUUUCCUUUUGAAUCUGUAUAUCAUAUAUAAGACUGAAUCUACUUAAUAAACACUGAACAACAAACGGAA